AUGAUAGCUCUAGUGUUUUUUCUUACAUGUCUUCUUUCGGCUGUUUUAACUGCACCUAUACCCGGUAUAGUUUUCUCUGCGGUUGUUGCUAACGCGCGAAAUACACCGGCCCAAUGCACGAUUAGUUGGGGAACAUACAGUGAUACGAAAAUUCCGGAUGAAUAUAUCACUAUUCCAAGUGGUGACAAAGUAAUUGUGAAUGAAAAGAUUGUUAAUAUGGGAACAUGGACAGCAGCCGGAUUUAUCGAAGCAAUUAGGUGUGCGGAUUUAGGUCUCAUUGCUCCAUUUCCGAAAGUAACGAAAACACAACGAUGUUGGCAAUUUCGUGUUGAACCGAACGAAAUCGUUUCGCAUUGCUCUUCCUUUCAUUUACUUUUCUUUUCACUUCAACUACAGAAUUUAACUAUGGCUCAAUUUUGCGGACUCAAAGCUCCAAGUCAUGUUUACUCUGCAACAUUGAAAAACUCCAGUGACCAUGAUGUUACUGUUGAAGUUGAAUAUGUUGGUUCGGACAGUAGUCAUACUGAAAAAGUGACUGUUACUGUACCAAAAGGUGGUUCAGAAUCGCUCGAAGAAAAAACGGUUAAAACUGAUGAACAUGAACAACGCAAAUUCAUCCAAAAAUUAACUGUCAAAGGACAAGAUGGCUCAAGCAAAGAACUAUCAGCUCCAUUCGAAGGUGUGACAUCACCAAAACAAAACUGGCAGUUCGAAGUUGGCCAAGACGGUGGUCUUAAAUCGGUUGCACAUUGA